AUGACAAAAUCGAGAGAACCGGUCGCGGAGGAAUCCGGGCUGGCCGAUGCGGGCGAUUCCCACCUUCUAGCCAAACUCGGCUACAAGCAGGAACUCCGCCGCCAGUAUUCCACCGUGCAGAUAUUUGCCGUCGCCUUUAGUAUUAUGGGACUGGUUCCUUCGAUCGCAUCGACUAUUGCUUUCUCAUUACCUGCUGGUCCGGCCGGGAUGGUCUGGGGUUGGUUCACUGCGAGUAUUCUUAUCUUCUUCGCCGAUAUGGCUUCUGCUAUGCCCACGGCCGGCGGUCUCUACUGGUGGACGCACUAUUUCGCCGGCGCCAAGUACAAGAAUGCGCUCAGCUUUCUGGUCGGGUAUAGCAAUACCCUGGGUUUGAUUGGGGGAAUGUGCUCGGUAGACUACACCCUCGCGCUCAUGCUCCUCGCCUGCAUCUCCAUCGCGCGCGACGGCACCUGGUCCGCCUCCAACGGCACCGUCUACGGCGUCUACGUCGGCUUCAUCCUCAUCCACGCGCUCUGCGCCAUCUUCACGGGCCCCAUCAUGCCGCGCAUUCAGACCUUCUGCAUCUACGUGAACAUCGGCCUGAUCAUCGCCACCGUGAUCGCCCUGCCCGUCGGCAAGGUCACGCGCGGCGAGGCCCUGAACCCGGGCACCUACGUCUACGGCCACGUGGAUAACAUGACGACGUGGCCGACGGGGUGGAGCUUCGUGCUGGCGUUCCUGGCGCCGAUCUGGUCGAUCGGGUUCUUUGACUCGUGCGUCCAUAUGAGCGAGGAGGCCCUGCAUGCUGCCAAGGCCGUGCCGUUGGGGAUUAUCUGGUCCGCAGGCUGUGCGUGCGUGCUGGGGUUCUUGGUGUUGUCGAUUAUCGCGGCGGUUAUGAAUCAGGAUGUGAAUGCGACGAUUAACUCGGUGUAUGGGCAGCCUAUGGCUCAGAUCUACUACGACGCGCUCGGCAAGAAAGGUGCCCUCGGCUUCAUGGGCGUUCUCAUCGUCAUUCAAUUCCUCAUUGGUCUCAGCCUGAUCGUCGCCGCCUCCCGCCAAGCCUGGGCAUUCUCGCGAGACGGCGCGCUCCCCUUCUCGCAAUACUUCCGGCACGUCAGCAAACGCGUCCGCUACCAACCCGUGCGCGCCAUCUGCGGCCUCGUCUUCGUCAGUAUCAUCUUCGGCCUGCUAUGUCUGAUUAACUCGGUCGCCGCCAACGCACUGUUCUCGCUCUUCGUCGCCAGCAACUACGUCGCCUGGGGCACGCCCAUCCUAUGUCGUCUCAUCUGGAGGGAACGUUUCGUGCCGGGCGAGUUCUAUACCGGGUGGGCGAGUCGGGGUAUUGCGGUUAUCGCGGUCGUCUGGUUGAUGUUUGGUCUCGUGUUGUCGAUGUUUCCGAGUACGGGGCCGAAUCCGAGCGCAUCGGAUAUGAACUACACGAUCGUGAUCAACGGAUUUGUUUGGAUCGCGUGCAUGUCGUAUUACUUCCUCUUUGCGAGGAAAUGGUAUACCGGGCCGAAGAUGACGGUUGAUGAGUCUUCAUCGUCGACGUAUUCGGAACAUUCGGGGCCAGAGAAAGAGAGAGAUUAA